GUUUAUUUCUCUCAUAUUUUUUAUAUUCUCACAUUCUAACAUCUUCCUAGUCAUGUUUUCCCAUCUCUUCCCAAACUUAUAUUACAUGCUGCUCCCUGUUACUAAUAUCUAAGCUGCCCUAUAUCACAAGAGUCUUUCCCCCAUCGAAGUUAUGUCUGGUGAUACCGAGCCAGACGGAGAUGGCUAUGUCUAUGGCUUCCAAAAUAGAAUCAGACAUGAUAGACAUAUCCAGAACAUCAUCGACCAUACCAACACACUUUUUCCGGGCCGCAACUAUCAGUUUCCCAGAUUUGAUUCCUCCAGCCGAGCUAAUGAAGAGGGUAUGUUCGUGAAUCAAUUGAGGAGCGACAGAGAAGAUGAAGAGCUGGAUGAGUUUGAUCGCAACUUGCUUGGCCGACCACAAAGGUCCUCUCACCUACAGAGCUCGGAAUACUCAGAUCGACGCUUGUCAUUGCCGCUUUCUAAUACCCCUACUCAACCAAGACGUGUACUAGGAGAUGCCAGCCAUCACUUUGGGAAUUUCACGGCGCGAGAUGCAGAACAUCAGUCGCCAUUCUCAAGCGACACGAUCCGCGCAGGGAGCAUCAAACCAAGUCCAGCCUCUCGACGUCUUUCCGAGCGUGAUGGGAUCCAUAGGAUGAGAGAACUUCAACUUGAAGCGCAGAUGGCUACUCCCCCUUUUCAUACUGCUCCUAAUUUGACCCCGAACCUCGAAAAUGCACAUAGUAGUAGCUCUCCUAUGAACCUCAGUGGAUCUAGCCCUUCUGCACGCUCCAGUCUCAGACAACGGCCGAGAACUAUAGACCGCCCCACAAUGACGCAAAAGAGAGCCAGCAAUUUGAAUUUGAAUCUCACCCAUGCCUCAGGCGAGCCCCCAUCUGUCAAAGGCGUUCGCCUUAUUGAUCCACGACAAGCACUGCCUGACAAAUUCCGCGUUAUUUUCCCCUACGAGCUUUUUAAUGUAGUUCAAUCGAAAAGCUUCAAACACGUGUACGAGACAGAUGACAAUGUUGUUGUCUCCGCCCCAACUGGAUCUGGAAAGACGGCCAUUCUUGAAAUGGCCAUCUGCAAGCUUAUAAUGGGUCCUGGUAGUGAGAAUCACAAGAUUGUUUACCAAGCGCCCACGAAAUCGCUAUGUUCAGAACGUGCGAAGGAUUGGCAGAAAAAGUUCAGUCACAUGAACUUACAAUGCAUCGAACUCACUGGUGAUACGUCGCAAGCGCAGGCGAGUCGAGUAGGUAGCGCAUCUAUCAUCGUAACUACCCCUGAGAAGUGGGACUCUAUUACGAGGAAGUGGUCGGAUCACCGAAGGCUUCUUGAUAUGGUUCGACUAGUUCUGAUUGAUGAAGUACAUAUCCUGAAAGACGUCCGUGGUGCUACACUGGAAGCUGUUGUAUCGCGAAUGAAAACCAUUGGGGCAAACGUCCGUUUCGUUGCCCUAAGCGCCACUGUCCCCAAUAUUGAAGAUGUCGCCAAAUGGCUAGGGCGAAAUCAUUCUAACCAGCGAGAAAUGGCUUUGACCGAGGCCUUCGGCGAAGAGCUAAGACCAGUCAAGCUGCAGCGCUAUGUCUAUGGAUACGAUGCCCAUCAUAAUGACUUCACUUUCGAGAAGGCACUUGACCAAAAGCUUACCUCGCUCCUUUCGAAACAUUCGCAGAAGAAACCGAUCAUGGUAUUCUGUUUCGCGCGGAAGUCAUGCGAAAUUACGGCCCGGAAGUUAGCCGAAUGGUGGUCAAACUGUAGCACGGAUGAUAAGGCUUGGCCCGCGCCAACAAGAAGGGUUCCUGUUAUAAACAGAGAACUCCAAGAGAUCGUCCAGUAUGGUGUUGCUUUUCAUCACGCAGGUCUUGACGCCUCAGAUAGAUCUGCGAUAGCGCAGGGUUUCCUCGAUGGUCAUGUUCAUGUCAUAUGUUGCACGUCUACCCUGGCAGUCGGCGUGAAUCUCCCUUGUCAUACUGUCGUCCUCAAGGGAACAACUGGAUACUUCGGCGAUAAGCUUCAAGAAUACUCGGAUUUGGAGGUUAUGCAAAUGCUUGGCCGUGCGGGCCGCCCACAGUUUGAUGACAGCGCGGUCGCUAUUAUUAUGACUAAAAAGGCGAAUAUUAAUCGGUAUAAGAAAAUGAUGUCGGGGGAGGAGACAUUGGAAAGCAUGCUUCAUCGAAAUCUGGUCGAACAUCUCAACUCAGAAAUUAGCUUGGGUACCAUUCAAGAAGUCCAGACUGCGAAGAAAUGGAUCAAAGGUACAUUUCUGAAUGUACGAGUGUGCCAGGCCCCAUGGCUUUAUGAUAUCAAAGACGUUCGCACCACUGAAGAUAUCGAAAUGAGGAUGGAAGAAUGGUGCGAGCGAGACGUCAAACUCCUACAGCAAUUUGGAUUGGUGACAGAGCAAGUCCCGUUUCAGUGUACCGAGUAUGGCCAUGCUAUGUCGAGGUAUAUGGUCAACUUCGACACCAUGAAGCAGCUUUUGUCGAUCCCUACAGGCGCUCCGCUUAAGGAGAUUCUUACCACGCUUUCCAAGGCCAUAGAAUUCAAGGAUUUUCGCUUUAAGCCGGAUGAACGUGCUAUGUUUCGAGAGUUGAACAAAUCCCCUUUCAUCCUUUAUCCAAUCAAAGAGACAUUAACGCAGACAUGGCAUAAGGUUUUCCUUAUGGUGCAGGUUCAUCUUGGAGGCGUCGAGCUGCCAAGCGACAAGGGAUUCGGCCACCUCAGACAGAGGGUUGCGACGGAAAAAAACGCCAUAUUCGAUAGACUGAACCGCCUGGUACGUUGCUUUGUGGACUGCCGAGUCUUCGAUAAAGACGGGCUUAGCACAAAAGCUGGCCUCGAGCUCAUUCGUGGCAUUGUCGCGAAUUCGUGGGAGGAUAAGCCAUCGCAACUUUCCCAGAUUCCAGGGUUUGGUCCUGUAAUGGUGCGUAAAUGGGUCAGCCAUGGUGUUUAUACAGUUCUAGAACUGGCCGAUAGGGACUUCAGCGAGAUUGAGCGCAUCUCAAGUAAGAACCCUCCAUAUGGGAUAAAUUUGCUGAAAACCCUGGAGAAAUUUCCUCGGCUAGAUAUGAAAACACGCCUCAUCUCACCAACCAUUCGCCUAUCGCAACCUGAGGAAAGCGUGUCGGUAACAUUGGAAGUCAACCUUCGUUAUUGCAAUGCCGGGGGAGUGCCGACCUGGAACAAUAGAAUACCGGCUGUGACGUUUGUGGUUCUGACUACGAAUGGCGAUCUUGCGUAUUUUUGGCGCGGAAACUUGACAAAAAUUAACAAAUCAGCUGGUCUCGACUUGAGAUUCCCAGUUUCUCUCAAUGAUCCAGAUCAAAAAAUCAGCUGCUACUUCAGCUGUGAAGAAAUCGUCGGAACCCAAGUUAUGAGGGUAUUAGAGCCCGGUAUACCUCAGGCGGCGUUCAAAAGCAGGAAGACACCGCUAAUCAAGCAACCAAUAUCAACCAUGAAUCCGCUUGAUGAUGAUAUAGAUUACGAUGAUCUCCCCGACGAGGACAUGCUGGGUGCUGCCCUCGCCGUAGGCCAGGAUGACGAAGUAGAGUCAUUGAGUCACACAGACCAAGUGGAUAGCUUCGAAGACGAGAUUCCGUUUGUCGAUGACCUAUUAUCAUUUGAGGAGGGACCUUCAGCUUUUGAGCCUACUCAGAUGGAUAAUGGAAAGUGGAUGUGCAAUCAUCGCUGCCGCAAUGCCGGUCUUACUACUACGGGAAGACCUUGCACUCAUCGGUGUUGUCACGAAGGCCUUGACAAACCCCGACCACCCCCACGAGAGAAGAAAAAGAUUCAGAACAAACACAACACCGUCGACGAUAAUACAAAAGGGAAGGGUUCCGCUGUCCGACCGUCAACUAACAUGCGAGCUCCUCAAGCCGACGUGGGCUUCGGACCAGACGGAGGUAAAGAAAAGAGGAUCGCGAAGCCUACUUCUAGGAUCAACGGGUCUUCUACUACACUCCCAAAUAUGAAACGAAAGCGCUUGACAGCUGAUAAAACCAACGAGGUGCAGCCUUGGAAGAGAAGAAAACCCAUUGAGUAUUCCUCCGACUUGGAUUCACUUUCUGAUAUUGAGUGUAUCGAUCUCACUACAACGGUUGACAACGAGGUAAACAUCUCGCCCCUAAAAAUUUCUACUUCCUCCAACACGACAAACCUUCAGCGCCAAAACAAGCUAAAUCAAGAAAGCAAGACCGAUCCAUCCCUAAAAAUAGUUAACACUAAGACUCAGGCCCUUUCUAACCCAUCAGGACAACUUGACGGAGCCCCUAGGAUAUCGAGUAAAGUAGAUGCAAAGUCGGAUCCUGCGAACUGUAACACACAUUAUGAUAGCGACAUAUUUGACCAGGAAGAUGAAGACGAAUUCCCUGAUGUAGAGAGCCUCAUCCGGCUUAGUGAAUUGAAGGAUACCGGCAAAUCUCAGGUGGAAUCAAGCAACGAUGAAACUCUGUAUCCUGGUGUUGUUCACACACUGAAGGAAAGCAUGGAGUAUGGUUAGGAACCAGAUCUCAGCUUUACUACAGUCGACGAAUUACACAAGGCUUCUGACCGUUUCGAUUUGCCUACGACUAUUUCUCCGA